CUUACAUUUAGUCAUUUCGCUUCCUGUAUUUACUCAUAUUUAAUGGUGUACGUUCCGAGCACGCGAUACGAGGACGCGUACCGGCGGAUCCAGGAGAGCUCCCUGGGCGGCGGGUGCACGGUCCUUCUGUUUGUGUCCAUGGACGCCGACGCUCUCUGUGCUGCGCGUAUCCUCAUAUCGCUGCUGAAGACCGACACGAUCGCACACAAAGUCGUCCCGGUGUCAAACUACUCAGACAUCACCCACGCCAACCAGACGCUGAUUGAGUCCAGCAUGCAGAUAAAAUCAGUCGUCUUUGUCAACUGCGGCGGCAUGGUGGAUAUCCAGGACUACGUGACGCUACGCGACGACCUGGCAGUAGUGGUUAUAGAUAGCCAUCGGCCAUUCAACCUGUAUAACAUGUACUGGAACGACCAGGUGCUGUGUCUGGACGACGGCGACAUCGACAAGAACUCUGAGCUGCGCGAUGCAUUUGAGGAGAUUGAGUUUGGGGACAACCCUGACGAAGACGCAGCAGACAGCGAUGGCAGCCGGAAGCGCGGGUCCGAUGCGCUCUCGGACGACGAAGACGACUAUGAUGAUCUUGGCCGCAAGCGCAACAAGACCGGCAUGGACCCUGACGAGUUCAUUCGCGUGCAGAAGGAAAAGGCCGAGAUGCGCGAUAAGCGCCGACACUACCAGGCAGUAAUUCAGGCGUACUAUGCGCAGGGCUCGUACUAUGGCGAGUCGUGUGCCGUCAGCGUAUUCCGCCUGGCCGAGCAGCUGGGCCGCCCGGUAACGCUGGACUUGGCGUGGUGGGCAAUUGUAGGAACCACCAGCCAGUUCCUGCUGCAGCAAAUCGACGCUGAGGGGUAUGCUCUAGUUGUCAAAAAGAUGAACGAGACUGUCCGCCGGAUCUCGACCACCGCGCCAGCCGAGGACACUGCCCAGAGCUCGGAGCAAUUGCGCUCAGAAGCAUCCAUGCUCGAUUCACAGCUCGACAAUGCAUUCAACCCGCACCUCGAGAGCGUGCCUGAGGAGGACGACCUUGCAUACCAGAUGGCGCUUGCCGGCGCCGACAAUGCUGCGCAGCUUGGCAAGCUCACGAGCUCCACGCACAUAGCCCAGCGCAAAGCCAUCAGCGAGUCAAAGGAGCUGCGGUUUGUUUUGCUCCGGCACUGGUCGCUUGACAGCGCCAUGCGGUUCAGCCCAUACGUCGCCACCAGGCUCGGGACGUGGUCCAGCAGGGGACGGUCGCGGUUCGAUCUUUUGCUGGCCCGCCUGGGACUGUCCAAGGCCGAGGCACGCGAGCCAUAUGUGCAUUUAGACCCCGAGCUCAAAAAGCAGCUGUACCGGAGGAUUGGCCAAGUGGGUGCAGACUACGACAUGGCAGAUGCGACAUACUCUGGGUUCGUGCGCGACUACGGAUGGCGCAAGGCGCCGGUGUCUGCAGCGGACAUGGUGCUGGCAGUGCUUGCCUUGCUGCAAUGUGGGCCGAGCGAGCUGACCGAGGAAGCAUCGACUACCGAGGGCUUCUAUGCAGCCUACGACUCGCUCUCGCAGUUCCCGCUGCUGAAGCGCGGCAUCGAGCACGCGCAGUCACUGCAGCGGCUGAUCAUCUCCCAAGGCGUGUCAAUGCUGGAGCGGCGGUCGGUGAAAACACUGCGGACGUUUCGCCUUGCGGUUCUGAGCGACAGCGACCCAGUGUUCUCGCACCCGUUCGCGCUGCGCCAGCUGGCAUUGUUUCUGAUGCAGACUUUGCGCGAGCGCAGCAAAACUGCACACGCACGCCUGCCGUUUGUCAUUGCCGCGCCAGUGCCAAAGACAAGCGAAGACGCCGAUCGGCUGCUGGUGCUGGGGAUUACGCCGCUUGACUAUUCUACCGGCAAGGAGAGAGGCAGCUUGUAUUCGGGCGACUCAAGGAACCACUUUGGGAUGGUGUUUGAGGAGAUUGCUGCCGAGGUCAAGGCCGAGGUCAGGAUGGGGUUCUUUGACUCGAGCGCCUUGGAGAUUCGGCGAGGCGACAUGUCCGCGUUUGCUGAGCGGCUGAGGAGGCAUUUAUGAGAGGAGGAUUAGAACGCAUAGUGGGGGCUUGACGCAACGGACAUUUCUCUGUGUAACCAAUUCCAUUUCAUUCCAAAAAAGAUGACUAAUGUGGUAGCUGC